GACACUUUUUAUCCUUAUAAAAUACAUAAACUGCAUAAUCUAGGUUUUCAGAGUGGUGGAGUGUGCAAAAGAGCGUCGUAGUCGCAACCCUAAUCAGAAGAAGCGCAGCUUCAAGCGAGUGACAGCCACCAGCCAUGGGUCGUAUGCACAGCCGCGGUAAGGGUAUAUCCUCUUCUGCUUUGCCCUACAAAAGGACACCUCCUAGCUGGCUCAAGAUCUCUUCGCAAGAUGUCGAAGAAAAUAUCUGCAAGUUUGCGAAGAAAGGUUUGACCCCGUCUCAGAUUGGUGUCAUUCUCAGAGAUUCUCACGGUAUUGCUCAGGUCAAUAGCGUCACUGGCAGCAAAAUCCUUCGCAUCCUCAAAGCUCACGGACUUGCGCCUGAAAUUCCAGAGGACCUGUACCAUUUGAUUAAGAAGGCAGUUUCAAUUAGGAAGCAUCUUGAGAGGAACAGGAAGGACAAGGACUCCAAGUUCAGGUUGAUUCUUGUUGAGAGCAGAAUCCACCGACUUGCUCGCUAUUACAAGAAGACUAAGAAGCUCCCACCAGUCUGGAAGUACGAAUCAACAACUGCUAGCACUCUGGUUGCUUAGAGAAUGUAUCAACUUUCAUGGGUUUUGCUUCCUUGCAGUCACCGUUGAGCCAGCAAUUUGCCAUAUCAUUUUGAUGUUUAUUUGAAGGCUGGAUAGGUUAUGUGGCUUAGUUUUGUUCAGAACCUAUGGUUAGACUGAGAAAGAUAAUUUAACUUGUUAAGUCAAUUUAUCAAUGUGGUGUUCUUUUUCUUUUAGCCGUUGGAGGUUGUCCUUUAAAGAGAUGACUAUGGUUUUUGGUUUUAUUUUCAAGUAAUAUAUAUGCUGAGAAGAUUUGAAGGAUCGUA